UCUCGUUCACCUGGGAGAUACGACAGUGACAGCGAUAGGGAUAGUCCCAGGAGUCGCCGAAGGAGUCGUGAUCGUUCUCCUUUGAGCCCUCCAAGAGCCCGAUAUCCCUCUCCCUACAGGGACGACUUCCCCCCACCUCCUCGCAAGGGUUACAAAGUCCUCUGUAUUAGUGGCAUCCAUCCGAAAGUGAGUGAUGAGGGCGUCCGAGAUGCUCUCUACAGGGAAUUCAAGAAGUUUGGUGACAUCAGCAUCAAGAUCGUGCUGGAACCUGAUGAGAGGGUGGCAUAUGUGUAUUUCCGAAGCUCUGAGGAUGCUCGGGAGGCAAAACACAGCAAACCUAGGAUUUUGUUCUAUGACAAGCCUGUCUACAUUGAAGCCGUCUAUGAUAGUGCUGGGAGUGAUCGGUACAGCAGCCGUCGCCGAAGCCCCAGUCCUGAGAGCAAAAGAGAUAAAUUCCCUAAUUAUCUUCAUCAUAUCCCACCUGAGGAUGAUCCCCUUGCCACAAGAACCCUUUUUGCUGGCAAUCUUGAGGUCCACAUCACCGAAGAUGAGAUCAGGCGCAUCUUUGGUCGAUAUGGAACAGUUGAAGAUGUGGACAUUAAGAGACCACCACCUGGGACAGGGAAUGCUUAUGCAUUUGUUAGAUUUUCAAACCUGGACAUGGCUCAUAAGGCAAAGCUCAACUUGUCUGGUCAAUACAUUGGAAAAUUCAUGUGUAAAGUAGGCUAUGGGAAGCCAAAUCCAACUGUGAGAGUGUGGGUUGGUGGGCUGGGUCCUUGGGCUUCAACCUCAUUGCUUGAGAAGGAAUUUGAUCGUUUUGGGGUGAUCAAACAGAUUGAUUAUGUGAAAGGAGAUGAGCAAGCUUUCAUCACAUAUGAUUCAAUUGAUGCAGCCAAGGAAGCAGUCAAAGAGAUGCGGGGCUUCCCUCUUGGUGGACCUGAUAAGAGGAUCCGGAUAGAUUAUGCUGAAGUUGAGGGUAGUGAGCCACAGAACACUGCCAAGGCACCAUAUGCCACUGGCAGUAGUAGUUCUACUGUAGCACCACCACCUCCUGGUGAUGAUGCCUACUAUGAAGGUGGAGCAUAUGGAUAUGGAGCAGAUUAUGAUUACAACUAUCGCAAGGGGGGGCGGAGUGGUGGUGGCGGUGGUGGUGGUGGUGGCGGCGGUGGUGGUGGCGGUGGCGGUGGUGGUAGUAGCAGUGGUGGCAAGUAUCGCUAUGAUGAAGCAUAUGCUAGAAAGAGAGGUCGCAGUCGCAGUGGAAGCCGUACGCCAAGUCCUGUUGAUCGUGGGGAGAGAAUGGAAGACCUGAAAAAUGUGGUUGAUAUCCAAAGGAUAAAUAGCCCAUUGUGGCAAGGGGGCAUCAUCCUUAAGAACUCAUUGUUCUCUACCAAACUCCACCUGAUUGGUGGAGAUCGGGAUGUAAUUGAAGGUCUUCUGAGAGAUGAAGAGGGUAAACCGAUCUUAAAGGUGACUCAGCGCUUGCGUCUGGAUCCUCCAAAGCUGGAAGACGUCCAGAGACGUCUCAGCAUGUGCCCUACCCAUGCUGUGUUUGCUGGGCUCCCAACAGCAACACCUGCUGUAACUAGUGACGAUGCUACAAUCCAGCCGCGUCCUUUGAAGAAUUUAGUUGCAUAUCUAAAGCAGAAGGAAGCAGCUGGUGUGAUCUCGCUGCAGAGCAGUGACGGAGGCGUGGGUGUCCUCUAUGCUUUUCCCCCUUGCACCUUUUCCUUCCAACUCCUGAAAAGAACAGCUCCAAGCCUGAAAGAGGAUCUUCAUAAGGAUGAUCACUUGGUCAUUGUUAUUGUUCGAGGCAGUGCA